AUGAAGCAAUAUUAUUCAAGAUCAGAAAAAAGAAUGAAGUGUGAUUGGGCAAAUUUGGAAGCACUCCCACUUAGUUUAAUUCUUGAUAAGCUAAAAGAACAUGUUGAACAUGUUUGGUUUAGUGCUGUGUGUAAAAAUUGGCAAUCAAUUGCAAAGCUUAACCAUCAAAAUCAUGAAUUCAAGCCUAACACACUACCCAUGCUAAUGUUACCUUCAAAUUCAGUUUGGAAACAAGCAAAUACUUUCAGUUUUAUAGAGAUGAAACAGUACCCUUUUCGAUAUCAAUUAUGUCAUAAUAAUCCUACAGUUUCGGUUUGUGGUUCUAGCCAUGGUUGGUUAGCAUUACUUGAUGUUUCUAAGUCUGUCAUAACACUAAUGAAUCCUUUUAAGGAUACACCUCGCAUUAUUCUCCCACCUCUCAAUUCGGUUAACAAGGUUACUUUGUCCGCUGAUCCCAUAGCAAAUCCUGAUGAUUAUUUGGUUGUAGCGAUUUACGACGGCGGUGGUGGUAAUCUUGCUUUUAUUAGAAGAGGCCAAACAGUUUGGACUUAUGUAGACACAUCAAAAUCUUCUUUCAUUGAUGUUAUCUUUUAUAAAGGUAUGUUAUUUGCUCUAAAUAUCCGAGACAAGAUUGUAUCAUUCGAUAUUCAUCGUUUGAAUGACUCUUAUGAUAAAGUGAGGACGAUAACUCCAAAUGUUGUUUUAGAAGAAAAGAUUGGUAAAUGUUACGGUGGAGAUAAAUAUCUUGUGAAAUCAUUAAAAGAAGAACUAUGGAUGGUAAGAAGGUGUAAUAGACGUUUGAGUAGAUUCCAUGUGUGCAAAUUGAAACUAAAUGUCAAGAGUGGAAAGCUUGAACAAAUGGUUAAACUUACAAGUUUGGAAGAUGACAUUUUAUUUUUAGGAGCGGGUGAUUCUGUUUCUACAUCUAGGUCGUAUUUCUCUAACUCUUUGCUAAGAGAUUCAAUUUACUUUGCUGAUGGUUUCAAGAUCUAUCAUGUCAAGACUGAAACGGCUAAGCAUCAUUGUUUAUAUCAGAAGAGUCCUUUUUGGGUUAUGCCACAUUUAUAA